AUGGCAGAGUGCGUGCCGGGCAAGGAUGAGGCCGACCCGACAGGUGCUUCCAUCACCUCGCCCGACGUCAAGGAGACGGCGUCACCGGCCUAUCAUGAGACGGACCCUACACCUGACGGCGAUGAGCCCAACGAAUACGAGAAGCAGCAUCUGCGCCGCGUCGGCGAGAACCUUCCCGUCUCCGCCUUUCUCAUUGCCAUCGUCGAGUUGACCGAAAGGUUCACCUACUACGGUGCCCAGGGUCUGUUCCAAAACUACAUCAGCAAUCCCGCCGACGGCUCGAAUGGCGCCAGAGGCCUGGGGCUCGGUCACCAGGCCGCCACCGGCCUCAACCUGUUCUUCCAGUGGUUUUGCUACAUCACCCCCAUCCUGGGCGCCAUCAUAUCCGACCAGUACCUGGGCAAGUACAAGACCAUCCUCAUCUUCUGCGCCAUCUACUGGGUCGGCCUCAUCAUCCUCUGGGCCACGGCUCUGCCGACUUCCUUGGAGCACGGCGCCGGCCUCGCCGGAUACAUCGUCGCCAUCAUCGUCAUCGGGCUGGGGACGGGCGGCAUCAAAUCCAACAUCGCGCCUCUCAUCGCCGACCAGUAUCAACGCCGCGUCAUGGCCGUCAAGACGGAGAAGAGCGGCGAGCGCGUCGUCAUCGACCCCGCCAUCACCUACCAGCGCAUCUACAUGAUCUUCUACUGGUGCAUCAACCUCGGCGCUCUCUCCCUCAUCGCGACCCCUUUCAUGGAAAAGUACGAAGGCUUCUGGACCGCCUUCCUCAUGUGCUUCUGCAUGUUCAACGUUGGCAUCCUCAUCCUCGUCAUUCGCCGCAAAACCUACGUCAUUCGUCCGCCCCAGGGCCAGAUCAUCACCGACGCCUUCAAGGCCAUCGGCAUGAUGGCCGUGGCCCGCAACCUCGACGCCGCCAAGCCCUCGUGGCGCGAGGCCAACGGCAAGACGAGGGUGGUCCCGUGGAACGACCACUUCGUCGAGGAGCUCAAGCGUGCCCUUCGUGCCUGCAAGGUCUUUGUCUUUUACCCCAUCUUCUGGGUCUGCUACGGCCAGUUCUCGACAAAUUUUGUCACCCAGGCCGGCCAGAUGCAGGGCCACGGAAUGCCCAACGACUUCAUGCAGAACUUUGACCCCAUCGCCAUCCUCGUCUUCACGCCUCUGCUCGAGACCGUCGUCUACCCCAUCCUCCGUCGCAUGGGCAUUGAGCUGCGUCCCAUUGCUCGCAUCACCAUCGGCUUCUGGCUUGCCGCCCUCUGCCUGGCCUAUGCUGCCAUUGUCCAGCACCUCAUCUACUCCGCCGGACCCUGCUACGACCGUCCCGGUGCAUGCCCCGAGGGUAUGGACGGCAAGACGCGACUGCCCAACGAUGUCCACAUCGCCGUGCAGGUCCCCGCCUACGUCUUCAUCGGCAUCUCCGAGAUUUUCAUCUCCGUCACGGGUCUCGAAUACGCCUACACCAAAGCGCCCCCUUCCAUGAAGUCCUUUGUCCAAUCUCUCUAUCUCUUCACCAACGCCUUCGGCUCCGCCAUCUCCGAGGCCCUCGUUUCCGUUGCCGUCGACCCCAAGUUCGUGUGGAUGUACACGGGCGUCGCGUGCUCUGCCUUCGUUACCGGCUGCGCCUUUUGGUUCCUUUUCCGCCACUACGACGCCGAGGAGGAGAAGAUGUAUGACCUUGACCGCGACCUGCCCACGCUCACCCACGACGGUGAGAAGAGAGUGGAGGUGGAUGAGUGA